AUGCGGCUUGGACAAACAUUUACGGCCUUACUUUCAUGGGCCUUGGUUGCUUCCGCCACCAUUCUCGAGAACGGUCAAGUGAGAGAGAAUGCAUACCCAGGCCAGUUACAACCGGUGACUCUGGACGAUUCGUGGAGGGACUAUCCUGCGGAUGCUCCGGAGAUAUCUUACAAAGGUCGUUGGGAUAGCCAACACAUUUCUUGGUGGUCUGCACCGGGAAUCAAAGUCGAGUUCUCUGGGGAAAAGCUUGCUGUCCACUUCGGCCCAAGCACCGACACAGGUGUUCUAGUAGCCUACCGGAUUGGCUCUCUUGACUGGCAAUUCUCUAAUGUCACCGCCUCGUCAACCUAUCAAUUUGUUGGUCCAGAGUCAGAGCUCAAAGAUGGCGAUGAACCCGUAGAGAAAAACACAUUUGAGAUGAGAGUUCAAAUCGCUGGCGUAGCUGUCGCGAAUGACGCUGUCCUCACUAAGCCCCCAACCUUCGAGAAGAGAGUUGAGAUCAUCGGCGGCUCACUUGCAUCUGGACAAUUCGCCACCUAUGAGACACUCUCCUCAUGGUCCUUCCUCUUCGCCAACGGCUUGGGCAAUGUCGAAUAUGGCAUCACAGCCUAUCCCGGCGUGUGUCUCGCCGAUGAACAAUGUUACAACGGCGGCUCUCGCGGCGUGGGCUGGUACUGGCAUCGUGCCUCAGACCCGGGGUCUCGCGCACAUUCGAUCUACGAUCGCAGCCCCGAGAAGUGGGACGUGAAAGCAGAGCAACCGGCCGACCUUGUGAUCAUCCAGAUGGGCGGUAACGAUCACCGUAAGCCCAACGAAAUCCCCGGCAGGGAUUACUACCAUGCCUACGUCGACUUGGUGGAGGAUAUCCACUCUAACUGGCCUAAUGCGAUCAUCAUCCUCAUGUCUCAAUGGGGAAGUUUCACCAAGGAAGGAAAGAAGUACGUCGGUAGCACUUACUACCAGGAAGAGACCCGGGAGGUCAACGAGCACUUCAAGGACCGUGGUUUCGUCUACUAUUUCUCCACCGAGGGUCUGCUGCAACAUAACGAUAUCAACCCCAAGAACCAUCUUACGGAUGUGGGUCAUGUCAAGAUUGCGAGUCACUUGUUGCAGUGGGUUAAGUUGAUUCUCAGGUGGAACCUUGAGCCCACGGGUGAAGUCGCCGCUGGAACGACGUACUGGAACGAUCAGCAGGAAUACUGA